AUGCUUUUCCCUAAAGAAGAAAGAACAUCAUUCUAUGACCAGGAUAUAUUGAAUGUACGUGUUCCGGUCGAGCCUUGGGGAAACGGAGUCUUCCACCAUCAUGGGAACACCAGGGAUAUCUCUGGCGAUUUCGGUGAAGAUUUGCGGUUGGAUCUGAGUGAGCCGACUCACGAGAGUGUGAUGAGGCUCAAAUGGUCGAAGAUGAUUACAGAUCUGCCAACCACGUCCACACUCACCUUGGACACUUCCAAAGUAUUGACCAACGAGGGGAUUGAUGACUUACAGGUACAAGCAGUGCAGGAUGUAAAGACAGGAGGGACCUUCGAUGGUGAAGGAUGGAUGAUCGUGGAUGAACAACCAGAGGAUUGA